AUGGAGAUUCUUUGGUCGGACAUGAACGACUCUUUCUUCGAUUCACCACCGGAGCCCGCAUUCUACAUCUCAAACAUCACUGAGUGGAGAAAGGAGAUCCCUGCACCUGUUGUUUCCGCACCGGACUUUCCUUUCUCUUCAGAUUUCCAGGACAUGAGCACAUCAGACUUCUUUGAACUGAAGGAUACUGUUUCUGAGUGCAGCAUGGACAGCGCAUACCAGAGCCAGAGCGGCGCCAGCCGGCGCGGACCCAGGAAGCCAGAGAUGAACCGCCAGGAGAGCCAGAUGAGCAGUCACUUUGUUGGCAGCGACAUUUACUCACCGACAAUGAGCUCGGACAACUUCAGUGCUUUCCCGGACACCCUGGACAUGAGCCACGUGCAACAAACAUCCACUUCCGGAUCAUGGGAACCCACGGAGGGUCCCCUCGCUUAUGCUAAUUACUCUACUGCUCAGGACUACACCCAGUACACAACAUCGAACAUGACACGAUUCACACCCUCCUCCAUCAGCGGCUCGCCGCACUGGCCAAGUGCCGAUGCCCAGUUCCAGAACAACACUUUCCCAUUCUCGUCAUGGCCAUCACACAACACCAACGAUGCCAUGUUCAGCACCCCCACUUCUCAGCGCAACUGGCAGAAUGCUUCCCUCGAUGCCUCUGAGCGCCCUGCUGCUGCACGCUACUCAUCAUACGGCUUCCAGCAGGAGUCCAGGCGAGCAUCUACACAGGACUCGACCUUUGGUGCAUUCGUCGCUACCCCUACUAGCACCACCAGUGUACACUUCCCUACGGUCGACCUUGACCAGUCAAGACUUGCCGAGUCUCGCAAUGAGAACGAGGACAUUAAGGCAGCAUCUGCACCUCAGUCGCUCGACGGACAUGAAGACACACUCUCUCAGUCUGAGGCCGCUGACACCAAGCUCGAGGAGGAGCGCACAAAGGUUGCCCGCAGCCACCCACUAUACCAACAAACGCCAGACAAGGAUGGCAAGUACCACUGCCCCGAGGAGGGCAAGGCCGGAUGCAGCCACAAGCCAACUGCUUUGAAGUGCAACUACGACAAGUACGUCGACUCUCACCUCAAGCCUUUCCGUUGCAACAAGAAGACCUGCGUUGGUGUGCAGUUCUCCUCUACUGCAUGCCUUCUCCGCCACGAGCGCGAGGCACACGGUAUGCACGGUCACGGCGCCCGGCCACACCUGUGCCACUUCAGGGACUGCGAGAGAGCUGUGCCUGGUCACGGCUUCCCUCGUCGCUACAACCUCUUUGACCACAUGAAGCGAGUGCACCAGUACGAUGGGCCCACCACUGAGCCCUCGCCACCUGUGCAGGGACAAGCUACUCGCAAGUCUUCGUCGCGCAAGCGCAAGGCGUCUGCCGAGGAGUCUGGAGAGAAGCGUGCCAAGGUUGUGAAGCUCACUGCUGAGCAACAGCGCCAGCAACGUCGCGAGGCGCUCUCUAAGGAGUUCCUUGCCAAGAAGCAGCACAUCAUCGAGGUGCUCACCAACCUGAGCAACCCAAGCGACCUCGGUGACGAUAUCCAGCUGACAAAGGAGGUUGUCGGCCUCCACGACAUUUGCACUCAGUACCGAGAUGUCUUCGGUGGCUGA